UCAGUAGACUCAUUGGCACUGGAGAGACGAUUAUUGUGAAGCAACUGGUUUGAUGUCUUAUGGAAAUGAGCUUCCAUCCUUGGGAAGAAGACUUCCUGAUAGUCUAUGCCUUUAAAACACACAGACAUGUAACGUUAACAUCAUUAUAAAAGGAUUUCUUUUUCCUUAUUAAAAAAAAAAAAUCACCCUCAAUUUUAUCUAGUUUGGUUUGUAAACUCGGGGGAUCUGGAUGAACAUGAAUCAAAUGCUUCUGUUUGGAUUUACCGGCAUUGAAGAUAUCAAGGAUUAUCUGUAUAAUUUUCUUUAGUUUUCAACAUUCCCUCUGCUCAGAAAAUAUCUCUGACAAAAUGAAUGCUUUGAUAGUAAAGAGAAGAUUGCCUCUGCUGCUUUUCCUUUUUAACAUUUCACUGAGUUCCAUCUCUUCAAAUACAAUACUGGAGAAUGAUUUCCAUUCUAGUUUUGCCCAGAGGAGACUAAAAGGGCAUGAACGCAGGGAGAUUCAAAAAGAGAUCUUGACUAUUUUAGGUUUGCAACACAGACCGAGGCCAUAUUUACCAGAGAAAGAGAAGUCUGCACCAUUAUUCAUGAUGGAUUUAUACAAUGCGGCAAAUAUUGAAGAGAUGAAUGCUGAAGAUGCCUCCUACCUCAAAAAGCCAAUCUCCCUAAAUGAAGCAUCUUCACUGGCCAGUGACCAAGAAAAUGGCUUUCUUGCACAUGCCGACACAGUCAUGAGUUUUGCUAAUUUAGUUGACAAUGACAAGGAAGAGUAUAAAAACUCCUAUUGCCAAAAAUUCAAGUUUGAUCUUACCGAUAUCCCACUUGGAGAUGAACUGACGGCUGCUGAAUUUCGAAUUUAUAAAGACUAUGUGCAAAAUAAUGAGACAUACCAGGUCACCGUCUACCAGAUGCUUCAGAAACACCCCAACAAAGAUCCUUAUCUUUUCCAGGUAGACUCAAGAACUAUCUGGGGCACAGAAAAGGGAUGGCUGACGUUUGAUAUUACUGUGACCAGUAAUCACUGGGUGAUAAACCCGCAUUACAACCUUGGAUUGCAGUUAUCAGUAGAAAGUAUGGAUAUGCAAAGUGUUGAUCUCAGGCUUGUGGGCCUUGAUGGAAGGAUUGGUCUUCAAGAUAAACAGCCAUUUAUGGUGGCAUUCUUUAAAACCUCAGAAAUCCAUCUCCGCAGUAUUCGAUCUAUCAGCAAUAAGCACUGGAACCAGGAAAGAGCCAAGACUUACAAGGAACAAGAUCAUUUCCCUCCAGCAAAUAUUACUGAUGGUAUCAUGCCCACUGGUAAACGUAGAUUUUCUAAGCAAGCUUGCAAGAAACAUGAGCUCUUUGUAAGUUUCCGUGAUCUUGGUUGGCAAGACUGGAUCAUUGCCCCAGAAGGAUAUGCUGCCUACUAUUGUGAUGGAGAAUGUUCUUUCCCACUUAACUCUUUCAUGAAUGCCACAAACCAUGCCAUUGUACAAACGCUGGUGCACUUCAUUAACCCAGAGACUGUCCCUAAGCCUUGCUGUGCUCCAACUCAACUCAAUGGUAUUUCGGUAUUGUACUUUGAUGACAGUUCCAAUGUCAUAUUAAAGAAAUAUAAAAAUAUGGUGGUUGAAGCAUGUGGUUGCCAUUGACAAUAGCAGUUAUUCUGUUUUUAACAGUACAUUUUAUAUUUCUUACUGUUUAUUUUAAAGUUUUUAAGCCGUAGAGAUACUUGUGACCAUCACUCUUAAAAAAUGCAUUGUGCACUUUAAUGGAUAAAAGGUUUUGUUUUGCUGAGAUUUUCAUGCUGUUAGAUAUAUAGGCAUUUUAUGUGUUCAUUAUUUUUGCAAUUUAUUGGCAUGUUACUUUAAACAGACUCAUGCAAUCAAAAUAUGGCUCUUUAAAACUGACAGAAAAUGUACAACUGUGAUGGGCAACUAAUUAAACAAUUUUAAGACACUA